CCCCGCCCCACCCUCAGUCUCCACGCCGCGGCCCCUUUAAGAGCGGGCGGGGCGCCCUCUGGCGGCGGAGCGGCGCGCGCGGCCGGAGCCGGAGCCGGAUCCCGGAGCCGGAGCGGAGCGGAGCGGAGCCGGGGCGGAGCGGGCCGAGCGGGCCGAGCCAGCAGCCGAGCUGGGGGCGCGGGCGGGCGGCAUGUACCGGGCCCGGGCGGCGCGGGCGGGGCCGGAGCCCGGCAGCCCGGGGCGCUUUGGGAUCCUCAGCACCGGGCAGCUCCGGGACCUGCUUCAGGAUGAGCCCAAGCUGGACCGGAUCGUGCGGCUCAGCAGGAAGUUCCAGGGCCUGCAGCUGGAGCGCGAGGCAUGCCUGGCCUCCAACUACGCGCUAGCCAAGGAGAACCUGGCGUUGCGGCCCCGCCUGGAGAUGGGCCGUGCCGCCCUGGCCAUCAAGUACCAGGAGCUUCGGGAGGUGGCCGAGAGCUGUGCAGACAAACUGCAGCGACUGGAGGAGAGCAUGCAUCGCUGGAGCCCCCACUGCGCACUGGGCUGGCUGCAGGCUGAGCUGGAGGAAGCUGAGCAGGAGGCUGAGGAGCAGAUGGAGCAGCUGCUGCUGGGGGAGCAGAGCCUGGAGGCCUUCCUGCCUGCCUUCCAACGAGGCCGUGCCCUGGCCCACCUGAGGCGGACCCAGGCGGAGAAGCUGCAGGAGCUGCUGCGGCGCCGGGAGCGGUCUGGCCAGCCAGCCCCCACUGCUGCUGCGGAUCCCCCCAAAUCCUUCCCCGCUGCCGCUGUCCUGCCCACCGGGGCCGCCCGGGGGCCACCAGCAGUGCCCCGGAGCCUGCCCCCCUUGGACUCCCGCCCCGUGCCCCCACUGAAGGGCUCCCCUGGGUGCCCCCUAGGUCCAGCCCCUCUGCUGAGCCCUCGGCCCUCCCAGCCAGAGCCCCCCCACCGGUAGGAUCCAGGGUACGGCCCCCCAGUGGGGGGCCCAGACAAACUUGAUGCGUGGCUCCUCCUCCUCCCCCACUGCCUGGGUGGGGGGAGGGGCAGGCCCCUCCCCCUGGCCCUAGGCAGGCCCUGGCCCUGGAGGCUGAGCUGGGGAGGAGGGUCACCUGGAAGAUGCCCAGAGAGAGGGCCCGGGGGGUGGGGUGGGCAGGGUAUUAUGCCUCUGGCACUGAGGAAACUCUGCCUUUUUUGCUCCCCGGCUGGGGCUUCCCGGGUGAUGGGCCAGCCCCAGCGAAAGAACUUUACUCUUGGGGCCCUGGGAAGAUGCCCACUUCCUUCAAGGGGCCCUGCCUAGGGGGCCUGUCGCCCCCUGCCACUCCACAGGGCUCGCACAAUGCCAAGGCUGACAGGAGUGUUUUCCAUCAUGUCCUGAGCCUACCUUUCCCCCAGUUCUGGGGUCCACCACCUAGGAGCCAGGUGGUCAGGCCCCAACUGCAGGGGCGGGGACAUCAUGACCAUGGGGCUACUACCUGCCCCAUUCAUGCUUCAGACCCUGGGGCAAGGUAGGCCAGGGGCUUCUGACCUGCACAGGUGAGAGCGGGCCAUCCCCUGGAAAGACCAUUCUGUAUUUUUCUGUCCCCGUCUCCUUAGAAUGGAAACUUUUUGAGGGCAGGUCCUUGUCUUUGUAUGUUCUGUCCCCAGCCCCGCCUCCCAGGGGCCGUCAAUAAAUGUGAUGAUGAGGAA